AUGCAUGACUCGCAUAUUCUGAUAGUCGGGGCCGGAACGUGGGGUGCUUCGACUGCACUGCACUUGGCGCGUCGAGGUUAUACCAAUGUCACGGUUCUGGACGCGUAUCCCCAGCCAUCUGCUAUCUCGGCGGGGAACGAUGUGAACAAGAUUGUCUCAUUCACCGACGACGAUCCGGACUACGCUAAUCGGACCUUCUUCGCCGCGCUGAGCCACGGCUUCCAGCACGACCCGAUCUUCCAACCACACUUCCACGAGACCGGAUCCAUCACCUCCGCCUUCUCCCCGGAUGGCCUCAAGCAUAUCCACCGCCGUGACCGCCUAGGAGAUGAGGUAGUCGAACUGAACACGCCCGACGACUUCCGGCAAGCAUUCCCCACAGGAAUCCUCACCGGCCCUCUCCCAGGGUGGAGGGGGUACUGGAAGAAGAAAGGCGCGGGCUGGGUGCACGCGCGCAACGCCCUAGUCGCGGCCAUCACCGAGGCCCAGCGCCUAGGCGUGCGAUUCAUCGGCGGCGACCCGCAAGGAAAAGUCGUGCGGCUACUCUUUUCCUCUGCAUCCGACUACUCCCACAGUGCAGGAGACGUCAUCGGCGUCGAAACCGCCGACGGCACUUCCCACCACGCGGCCAAAGUGAUCCUCGCCGCCGGCGCCAACGCGGACCAACUUCUCGACUUCAAGAAACAGCUCCGCCCGACAGCGUGGACGCUCGCGCACAUCCGCCUGUCCCCCACCGAGGCCGCCGCCUACCGCAACCUCCCGGUCCUCUUCAACGCAGACCAGGGCUUCUUCAUGGAGCCCGACGCCGAGCACCACGACCUCAAGAUCUGCGACGAGCAUCCCGGCUACUGCAACUGGGUUUACGACAACCCGGACGACAAGCCCCACAGCGAGAGGCGAAGCGUCCCCUUCGCCCGCCACCAGAUCCCACUCGAGUCCGAGGCGCGCAUCCGCGCCCUGCUGCGCGCGACGCUGCCCCAGCUGGCGGACCGCCCGCUCGCGUUCGCCCGCAUCUGCUGGUGCGCUGAUACCGUCGACCGCAAUUUUUUGAUCGAUUAUCACCCGGACUAUCCGUCUUUGCUGUGUGCGGUGGGCGCGUCCGGGCGAGGGUUCGCGCAUAUUCCGUCCAUUGGCGGGUUCAUUGUGGAUCAGUUGGAGGGACGGUUGGAGGAGAGGUUGGCGCGGACGGUGAGGUGGAGGCCCGAGUUGGCGGUGGAUCGCGAAUGGGACGAUACCCUCAAUCGGUUUGGGGGCGAGUAUCGGGUUAUGGAUUUGGGGGAGGUUAGGGGGUGGACGGAGAUUGAGGAGGGGGAGUGA